AUGUUGUUGAUGCAAAUCAUCGCUGCUGAUGGUGAAAUAGCUCCAGCGGAAAAGGAAUGGAUCUUAGGUAAUGCAGCGGCUCAUGGAGCACCCAAUCUUGACGAGAUUGCUGCUUACGAUCCAACAUCAGAGACCAUGGAAGAACUGUUGACGAGGGUGCGAGAAGGCAAGGCAGAAGGUACAUAUAAGGCAACACGUUCUCUCAUCUUCAAUGCAUUCAAGGCUGCCGCGGCCGAUGGACAACUGCACGAAAAGGAAAGAGCAAAAAUUUACGAGUUAGGAACGGGAAUCGACGUAAAGAAAGAGAUGGUCGAACAAAUUGAACAACUCUACCACCAGGAAGCUGAAUUCAAUGCAAAAAAGUGGGCUCUCUUGCAGAUGCCGGACUGUUUCAAGUGACUUUUCUUUCUCUCUAUUUUUCGCUUAAAAACUGUAGCUAGUACUUUCAAAGUUAUUUAAUAAGAAUCUUUUUUUCAAGCGUUAACUUUUAUUGGUAUUAUUUAGUAUUAAUCUUUCUUCUUAUUAAAAAAUCUUAAUCAUCCUAGAAGUUCGUGCAUGCUGAUUGAAUAAAUUUUUUCCAUGAACAAAAGAAAAUGAACUGCUUUUCUAUAAAUAAUUGCAGUAACUUAAAGAGAAGAGCAUCUGAAUUUGUGGAUACGAGCCAUUUUCAAAUGGAGAGUAAACUGAAAAAUGUGAGAAAGAAACUCAUAUAGGAAUUUCAACUGUGCUUUGUUUAAGAAAAACUCAAAAUUUGAUGAUUUGUUUGCACAAUGAUAUAGAAAAAAAAGCGACUCUCCAGAUAUUUUUGCCUGUCUAGUACUCACAUAAAGAUAAAAUCGAUGCAUAAUCAUUUAUUUUUUGCCUUCUCAUUAUCCGUUCACUGAAUGAUCAUAUGGGAGCCUUUGAUCGAUAUGCUGUACAUUUUUUUAACAUGUGUGAUUAUUAUCUUUCCCAUUUUUUUUCUGUCAAUUCCUAAUCAAGAUAUAUGCAUAAUGAUGUGCAUCACAUAGAUGUACACGCAUCACUUGAAGACGAAAGAAAAAAGACACCUAUGUAAAAAAUAUAUGGCUGCAUUCACCUGAUGUACGGACUAUAGAUGCAUAGACGAUAGACGCAAUCUGGCAAGUUUUUUGCUUCGUUCUCUUUUUACACAAUCAUGUGUCGUGUCUAGUAAAGCAGUCUCUAAUGCAAUACAAACACCUUGUCUUUGUUGACAAAUCCCCUAAAAAAGCUUGCUCGAAUGCUGCACACCAUUUAUUUUUUUUCUACUAAUUACAAUUUGACAUGGAGGGAAAAGUUAAAAUGUUAAGCUAAACUCUCCAGACGAAAUACCAACAGUAAAAAUCGAAAAGCUCAAGUGUAAUUUCGCAUCAUGACAUGAUACUCGAAAGAGAACAUAUCCAUGUGGUUACACGUUGAAUGAAAAGUAAAAUCGUGGUGUUUCAAUUCGAAGCAAAAUUGAUCAUAUACUUAAUGAAUGAGACUGAUUGAAUUGGUGUGCUUUGUUUAACAAUUUUCAGUUAAUUAAUACGUUGUAUUAAAAAAAGGGUGUGGGUGUGGGUGGGGUAUGUGGGUGUGGGUGGGUGGGUGUGGGUGCGGGGGUGGGUGUGGGUGGUGUGGGGGCGGGGGGGGGGGGGCCGGGGGGGCGGGGGG